GUACCGCGCGUUCCCUCGGAGCGCUAACACGUCGGCCUCAUGGCCUGCUCUGUUGUGCAGUGUUCAUUUUAUCGCCCGAAAAUGGGAACUAUCAAUGAAACGGGGUUUGUCAGUUAGCGACACUAAUGUGUUUCUUGGUCGAUGCGUGUCGGAUUUCUCUCUCCUGGGUUAUCGGAGCGACUGAGCUUCUUUGCCCGUGACUUAUAUCAGUUUCAUGUAAGAACGUGACACGUGAAAAUAGUUUCUUACUGUGAGGUGUACCACUUACCCUUUUGUUUAAUAGGAUGCAUUCAGUAGACGUUGUUCAUUCAAAUGCGCUAUGUACAAAUUUCACCGGUCACUGCCGUUGGUGUUGAACUCACAUAGACUUCGUCGGUUGAAAGCUGAGGUGUGAAUUGGUGUCUUUGAAGAUUAUUUUCACGUCGACGUUUGCUUCUGAGACAAGAAAUCGCUGUCCCCUUUGCCGUUGUGCGUGUCAGUUCGUUCUUGGACCCAGGCGACGCAAGACAGCAGCAGAGUCUGUGACACGCCGUGGACAAAGCAGGACUCUCAACCAAAUUCCAGAUAAACAUUCCAUAAGUGCUUGAAGAUUAAGUCUCACGAUGAAGGAACGUAAGUGGUGGAACAGCGUCCCCCGCGUCCCUGUUGUAUGGUGGCGUUCGUCUUGUGUUCCUUCGAGCCAGGAGACUAACGAGCAGGCUGUCCAACCUCCGGAAAGUCCAAACAUCUUAGAGGAACCGGUCCCCGAGGAAGCCAGCAAAGCCGAGACGUUGCCCGACGACGCUUUGAGCGUCGAUAAGACGAACGGAGAUACUCGGCGCUGCGACGAUGUUCCGUUGGGUUACAGCGGGAGGCAUAGCCUGGAGUCGUCAGCUCGCGUCACCGGUAACAAUCCCAGGAAUUCUAUACCGCGGGCGAUGUCAACCCCGCCUCGGAGGAGAAAGGAAUUCGUCAUGGAAGGGAUUCCGGACAUCAGCUUUUCGUUCUUCACCGAUCAAACGAUCCCUGUGACGUCGGCGAGUGGGACGUGUCUGCACGCCUCGGGGAAAUCUUCUGCACAGUCUGAAGCGGACACCGUUUCGACGGUAAGUGAUGCCGUGACCAUCGUCGUUGGGGAGGACGUGAAGACUCCCAGCCCGGAAGGAGACUACGAGGUCCUGAGGAGAGUGAUACCCAUCAAUUCUACACCAGUGGACGCCAUUCAUUGCUCUUCGAUGGUCGCAAUGUUGAGCCAGGAAUCCAGGAAGAAAUCUCCCAACAUCUCCUGCAUAAACGUAGUGUCCAUCAACACUUCGGCUCACCAGGAGAAUACGUACGCGUCUCCCAGGAACUCGUCCACCGGAACUGAAGUUUCUGAUUCGUCGAGCCUGCCUCCCGAUCCUUCCUGUCCUGACUCCACUGCACCUUCUUUCCAGGACUCGUCGACAGCGAACCCUUCCUCAGAUGCACAUUCUCGUGACUGUGCCACCCCGCCUUGUCAAGACACUUCCGCUCCGUCCACCAUCGUAAAUCCUUCCACGAUCACGAUAACCCUUCCAGUACAAGUGGCAGAUCAUUCUGGGGCCGGGUGCCAGGACUGGGAGACGAUCACGGACUACAGCGAUUACUAUGAGUUGGCGUCAGUGGGCCCACAGCGGCGCCAGGCGAACGGCGACUACGAGGAUGUACAACAGCGGGAUUACUGCGACCCCCGGAGGCGACGUGCCGGCUUAAUGCGGGACCGUCGCAGGGGGAUGGGGGUCGUUCGAACCCGUAUUCGGCGCGCCUGGAGGGCGGUUCGCGGUUGGUUGGGCGAAGAGAGAGUACGGAUAGGGGAUGCGAUUCAGAGGCACGCCCACGCACAGGCUGUGAGGAAGGAUGAGGAAGAAGACGACGACUCGAGGGUUGUAGUGAUGAGGAGCCCCGAGGACACCAAGCCACCCUCGCGGGCAGGACUUCGACGGAGCAGGCACUUCAUUGAGGGGCAGAACGGGUUUGAAGAGCUACGUCGUUACAUUAAGCAGGGCGGAGAUUUCUGUAAGGACCUCAGCUCCAUUCUGCAGGAAAGAUCAGAGGCAGAGUCCCAGUACGCCAAGAGCCUGAGCAAACUGUCCGGAAAGCUGUUGAAGGCCUCCAAGGACUCGGUGGGAACCGUGAACCAGGCUUGGCAGCGCGCAGGCGCGCAGAUGGAGGUACAGAGUGAGAUUCACAGGGCAUUUGCGUCGGCGCUGAGCGAGGAGGUGGUGAAACCAUUGCGGCAAUUGGUGGAAGCUCAGCACCGGAUCCGGAAGUCAGUCGAGUCGGCCGUGGACAAGACAGGAAAGAGUCUGAGUGAAUGGCGGUCAGCAGAGAGUAAAAGCAAGAAACAGAGCUUCCUGUGUUCACGGGAGAACGAGAAGUUGCAGGAUGCCAUGUUGGAUGUGAGGUUAGGGCGUGCCUCAUCCACGACACACCUCCAUCUAGUCGGGACAGGAGGGCAGCAGCAAGGUGCAAAGGACAAGGAGACCACCAAGCUGGAGUCGAAACGUCGGAAAGCAGAGGAGGCCGUGAAGAAGGCGGACGUGGAGUACUACACGUUCAGCAUGAGGGCGGAACGAGCGAGGUUGGAGUGGGAGACGGCCGUGAUCCGCGGCAGUCACUGCUUUCAGGCACUGGAGGAACAGCGCCUGCAGCAACUGAAAGACCUGGCAUUCUGUUACCUCAAUCACGUUCAGGAAAUGGGACCAAAAGUUGUUCAGAGUGUGGAGCGACUGCGGGAACCAAUAGAGUGUUGCGAUGUGGCACGUGACAUCCAGACAGUUGUGUCCAUCAAAGGCACAGGUCAGCCCAUUCCUGAGCAGCUCCUGCCUGAUUUCUAUGCGGAACACAUUACUCUCGCCAUGAACAGGGACCGCAGACGGCAGGCACUGGUGAAGUUACUGCAGUUGAUACGACAAGACUUGGACCGAGAGCGACGAGGCAAGCAGGGCGUCGAGAACUUGGCACGUGCCCUCCAGCAGACACCUACGUUUGGUGCCGAAGACUCACAGCAGAACGUCACAGAAAAAUUGCAUCAUAUGCGGUCGAUGCUUACUUACCUGGAGGCAAUGAGAUACAAGGUGCAGAGUGCUCUAGCAGAGCUGGAUGGGCGGGCGAGGGGCGGACAUCCACUGGCUUCCCACAUACAAGUGACACGGGACAGACAGGGUCUUCAGCAGAGCGUGCUCAAGGUCCCUCCGUGGGUGAGGGAGGAAUCGUUGGACAGGUUAGCUGGAGACUCCCCUGACUGGACAGACAGAGGCACAGCCGAUGGGAACUCAGUGCAGCCAGACAGUGACUUCGAACGCCUGUGUGCAGACGAGUUCUCCAGUCAGGGCAGCGAGAAGGAUUAUCAGAGCAGUGUGCUGACUCAAUGUCCAGUCAUCUCAGAGUGUGCCAGCGCACCAGCAGCGGAUGCUGUGCCGAGCAUCGGACGGUGCCAGGCCCUCUACGAGUAUACGGCCAAUUUA